AUGAGUUACCAUGUUCGGUCCUUUGAUCAAUCCGUUCAGUCAUAUUGGUUGUGCAGGACGACCUUGGUUGCUCGAGACAGGCUAAAAAGACAUCAAAAUGAGCCAGUCAACAUCUUUCCGCAAAUGCUGAACUCCUACGUGAGGUCUGACGUGGAAAAUGCGAUCCAAGCCUGGCGUCCCUGGUGCAGGAGCCACAUCGAUGCACUUGAAGCUCCACAACGUAAAGCGACCAAACUCGUUAGAGGAUUACUUCAUCUCUGCUACCAAUGCAGACUGCAGUCCCUAAAAGUGUACAGUGGUGCAUAUCGACGUCAGCGAGGAGACCUAAUAAUG